GCGUCGACUCGACGCGAGCUCGUCCUCUUCUUCUCCUUUUCUUUCCGACGCGGGAUUUCCUUCGCCGCCGCCGCCGCCGCCGCCAGUGACCACUGAUCACCUUUGCCGGAGCGUGUGAACCGUACGGAAUCGUCGGCGUGAGAUGGCGGCCACCUCCGCGUUCGAGUCAUCCCCGGAGAUGGAGCGGUUCCUCUGCGAGCGGCUGUUGGACGCGGAGCAGCCCAUCGCAGAGCGCUUCCGGGCGCUCUUCUCCCUCCGCAACCUCCGCGGGGAUGCGCCGCGCCGCGCCCUCCUCCAAGCUGCAAGGGAUCCUUCUAACUUGCUUGCCCAUGAGGCUGCAUUUGCACUUGGACAAAUGCAGGAUGCUGAGGCUAUUCCUGCACUGGUGGCAGUGCUCAAAGAUCUUUCUCUACAUCCAAUUGUCCGCCAUGAGGCAGCAGAAGCUCUUGGAGCUAUUGGCCUGGAAAAGAGCAUCCCCCUGUUGGAGGAAAGUUUAACAACUGAUCCUGCUGUGGAGGUACAAGAAACUUGCGAGCUGGCGCUAAGACGAAUAGAAGAGCAGAAGAAAGCUAAUGGUGCUGAGAGUACAGUCGCUUCACCCUUUCUCUCAGUUGAUCCAGCGCUGCCUGCAAAGCAUGGACUUUCAGUAGAUCAAUUAAGGGAUCUACUCCUCAAUGAACAAGAGAGCAUGUACGAACGUUAUGCAGCUCUUUUUGCACUUAGGAAUGAUGGUGGAGAUGCUGCUGUUUCUGCUAUUGUUGCAGCUCUGAGCGUCAAAAGUGCUCUUCUACGUCACGAGGUUGCUUAUGUGUUAGGUCAGCUGCAAAACAAAGCCGCUUCAGAUGCACUUUCUACAGUCCUGAAGGAUGUCUGUGAGCAUCCAAUGGUCAGGCAUGAAGCUGCUGAAGCCCUUGGCUCAAUUGCAGACCAAGAAAGCAUUGCGCUUUUGGAGGAGUUUGCAAAGGAUCCUGAGCCCAUUGUCUCGCAGAGCUGUGAAGUAGCUCUCAGUAUGCUUGAGUAUGAGAGAUCGGGGAAGUCCUUUGAGUUUCUCUUCCUUCAGACUCCUCAUGUGCAGUCCUAGGUUCCUCUGCAUCGAUGAUUACUCAAUGCUGAACUGACUGAAAGCUUCUUGGCUAAAAUGUGACUGCACCAGCCAUAUAUCCACUGGCUUUAAUGAUACUCUUGUCCUGGUAGGAUCUUUUUUUGUUGUUAAUCGUGAUAUGGAGGCUGAAACAAGGAGCAACAUGAAGAGAGAUGGAAACGAAACCAUGUAAACUAUGAAUGAAAACUUAUAAAGUUCAGCAGCUUGCAUUUUCCGCCAA